CCUCAUUUCAAUAGUUGACGGUGUAAAUAUCAAGUGAAAUGUUGCUUGCUGGCAGGCAAUUGGUGAUUCAAACUGCCUGUUAUAUCAACGUCAAGGGAUUAUCUGGGCACAGCUGGAAUAGAGGGUUGACUCACGGAGGAAGGUGAGAGACUGGUCCAGUACAGCCUAGCAGACAGAUUUAAAAAAAAAACGAAAAAACGAGAGACCGGAAAGAUUCUCCCUCUGCUGUUUCAGGAAUGAAAGGAGAGCCUUUAUUCAGAGGAAUGAGAGACGGCAGUUUUUAUCGAGACUUUCGCCUUUUGGAAGGAGGACGGGUCUUCAUUCCCCAGCACACGGACAGACAGUAUGCACUGGGACCCAGCUUCCACCAGAUCACUGAUUUCAAUGACCUGCCCACUUCACUGUUCGCAUGCAAUGUCCACCAGUCUGUGUUUGAAGAAGAAGGUGGGAAGGAACAUUUCGAGGCACUCUUCCUUGCUUAUGAUGAGCAUGUGACAUUCCAGCUGUUUAAAAGCUUCAGGCGUGUGCGGAUUAACUUCAGCAACCCCAAAGUAGCGGCCAGUGCCAGGAUAGAGCUGCACGAGACGCAGUUCAGAGGAAAGAAGCUCAAGCUUUACUUUGCCCAGGUGCAAAACCCAGGUACAGAUGGAGUUAACUUGCACCUGGCUCCUCCAAAGCCAUCCAAACAGUUCCUAAUCUCCCCACCAUCAUCACCGCCUGUAGGAUGGCAACAGAUAGAUGAUGCCACUCCUGUGAUCAACUACGACCUGCUUUAUGCAGUUGCAAAACUAGUGCCUGGAGAGAAGUAUGAGCUCCAUGCAGGAACAGAGUCGACACCCAGCGUGGUCGUCCACGUCUGUGACAGCGACAACGAGGAAGAGGAGGAACCCAAAAUCUGCCCCAAACCAAAAAUCGUCCAGACGAGACGCCCCGAUCUCCCUAUGACCAUGCCUCACUGAAUUCCCUGCCAGAAAGAAGGAAACCUGUUCUGCUGUCUCUCUCAAACACACAUGUUUCUCUCGGAACGCAGUUGUCUUUCCCUCACAGGAACUUUGAUGCUCAGUAACCUUUCGCUGUCCACACAGUCGUGCAGCAAGGGCUAGAAGGGGCUUGUUCUGUGUGUACCUUGCUUGUAACACACAGCCAUUAAUAUAUGUUCACAUCAUAUGUUCUGUGGGUACCGCAUCAUUGCGUUUUCAUGAUUUGUUUCCUUUCGGUUUUAUUGUAUUCAUUCUUUGUUUGGUAACCGGUGGUCGGCAGUGGAAGUCAGUGAUGUUUGAGUAAUGCCUCCAAUGGAAACAAAGCCUCAACUGAAAAGAAAAUGGGAGUUUACUUUUCAAAGGACAAUGGUCAUGCACUUAACACUACUUACCACUGGCAGCUGUAUCACUGAAUAGUACAUUUUUCUAAGGGCAUGCUAGUCAUUUAAUAAAGUAAAGGUGACUGAAAUACAGUGCUGCAUGAGUUGACAUAACCUGAAUACAUACAGUCUAGAAUACAUUUAAAGUCCUCAAACUGUUUUUUGACAUAAAAACCAAUUAAAUGCAUGCACUGACCCCUAAAUGUUAAACACAUUAUCUCUGUUACUGUGGGUAACUCUUCAUUCUUUAUUAUUCUUGUGCCUGACAAACGAUGAGUACAAGGUGAUAUUUUUGUAUCUGAAAAUAUUGGAGCCGGUUACAUAAAUCCAAUCAAACUUCAUUUUAGUAAAAUGCCUGGAGUCUGUAAACGUGUGUUUUGUCAUCUAAAUAGUUUAGAAUGCAUCUGUUUUCUAGCAAACUGCAUGAUCGUCAUUUAAAAAAUAAGAAGUGUAUUGCUAACAAUCAGGGGACUACUGUAUAAUUUUGCCACAAUAGUGCCACAAUGGUUAAGAGUGUAGUGUUUUUUUUUUUUAAACUUUCAUAUCUAGACAGCAGGGUAGAGGGUCUUUAAACCUUUUGAGUCAGAAACACUUUGUGGCAUUAUCUGCUGAAAUCGUUCAACGUUUUUGAUAUAUUAAAUCGAAUAACCAGAUUCUGAAUUGGUUAGGUGCCUCUAAUAAAUGCAAGAAAAUGCUACUAUGACUAGCGCUACAACAUUACUUAAUUUAGCAGAACAUAAGAGCACUUUUAACACUAGGAUUACUGUGGAAAAACAAUCAGCUCUAGUAAGUAAUUAAAAAAAAAAAUUGAAGUGUUAUUAUAUUUUGAAUAAGAUGGAGGAUGAAAAGAGGAUUUGAGACAGUGAUCCAUUUUUUUCGAUUCAGAUUUUCUCCUUAAGAUGUCAGUUUAUAACUGCAUAAUAUCGCAUCUCAGCUUUUCAAUAGCCCUUUACUCACACGUACAUGUAGGUGCAAUAUUAGUGAACAAAAAAGCAUUUUAGAAAAAAGUUUAUAUGUGACAAUAAUGGAUAGCCUGCAACUCUGUACUGAAAAAGCGAUCCUCUUUAUUUCUUCAAAUCUGGACAGUAAACACACUGACUCACCAUGACUGUGAUACACAAGUGAUCUUAGAGUGGAAAUAGCACUACCCAACUGCUAAGCCUUUACAACACUCUAAAAGAUUGUAUACGAAAUAAAAAUGACUUAUAACUCUCCAGUAGACGUCAAAGUAGGACUUAUUGGAAACCUGUUGAUUUCAUAGGUGUGCUAGAAGAUUCUAGAACAGUCACAAAGGGUAAACUCAAAAAUAUGUAAUAUUGCUUUAUGGAGAGCAUCUUUUUCCCCCAUUUCUGCGGUGAAAUUCAGUUUAACAGAGGAACAGUACAUAUAUGUUUUAAAAUUCAAGAACUGUAUUUAAUAGCAGCAGAGAUUGCAGAGAUGACUGUUUGGUAUAAUUGUUUAAUCAUACACCUGACUAUAUGCCUACAAAAUCCCUGACUUUGUGCAAGUGUACCUAGAAGAAUUGAUGCUGUUUUGAAGGCAAAGGGUGGUCACAACAAAUAUUGAUUUGAUUUAGAUUUUUCUUAUGUUCACUCACUUUGCAUUUAGUUAAUUGAUAAAUAUAAUCUAUUAACACGUCUAUUUUUGAAAGCAUUCUUACUUUACAGCAUUUUUUCACACCUGCCUAAAACUUUUGCACAGUAUUGUAUGUAACUUAUUACAUUGCCACAUGUGCAAUUACUAUGAAAGCCCACUGAAAAUAAAGUGUUACAAUUACAGUGAAAUCCCCUGAUGUGGUUAUGGUUUUAUACAGUACCUUGAUUACAUUACACAAAGUGGUUGCGUUUGUAAAGGGUAAAUAGCAAAGGGAAUAGAAAUGUUAUCAAGCCUGAAUUAAAUCAGUGUAUGGCGGUGCCAUAACUAUACUUUAUCGUGACUAUGGCGCUGCCAUCAUUUUGAAUGAACCCAGACCCCAGUAAAUGCAAUCUCGUGUCCAUUAGGAAUCCUGUUUUGUUUUUUACUUGCGUUUUUUUCUUUAAUGUUCUGAAGCUAAUGGUGCCGUUAUGAAUUCAUAUAUGUUCAUUUCAGUUCACACUGAUCAGUCUUUGGGAACAUUUGCUUUUAGGGGGUGGGUGGAGGUGGAGGGGGUGGGGAGUCAUUUGUUAUGGCCACCAUUUUCAAAAAUGCUCUUGCUUGCAAAAUAAAAAAAAAUGCGUAUUACAAAUUUUAGUUUUCUCUGGGUUUUAUAUAAUUUUGCACCAAACAUUAAGACCCUGCACCUUGUUGUGAUGUAACUGUCAACUAAACUUUUUGUGUGAUUAUCAUAAUUUUUUGUAAUACUAAUCCUGCUUUAUAGAAGUGUAUUUGGAUUGGGAAGUAGCACUAUUGUUGAUAAACUAUAUGUCUUUUGUGUAUUAUUGUCAUUAAUGUAUUGUUCGUCUAAGUGUUAGAACUGCCUGCUACACUAAUGUGACAUAUCUGUAUAUAUUAAUCAAUACUAUUUUUACUGCAUUUUUGUACAAACAUGCAUUGUAGGUAUGUACUAGUAGUUGAACUGAUUCGAAUGUAGUAUUAAAGAGUUUGGUUUUAACUCAGUUUUGAAAGACA